AUGAGAGUCUUCACUGCUCUGCUGGUCCCCUUUACUCUCUUGCCAAGGAGUCCUCGUCGUACGCUUCUCACGAGUGUCGGCAACAAGGCUGCAAGCACAAAACAACAACGAGUUCCGAAAGCAAUGACAAGAAGAUCCAUGAUGAGCUCAUCAUCCGAAACAGAUACCCCAGUGCCACCAAGAAGAAUCAUCCAGUUUAACCAUGCUGGAGCAUCCCCAUCUCCACCAUCUGUGGUAGAAGCCGUCUUGAAUCACAUGAAACUCGAGCAAACACUGGGGGGCUACACGGCGGCCGAAAUGGCCAAUCUACCAGGGGUGUAUCAGAGUGUCGCUCGACUCUUGCAUCUUCCUUCUAAUAAUUGCCAGGAAAAGAACUACACGUACAAUCCAACUCAUGAAAUUGCAUUGGUAGAAUCGGCUACAGUGGCGUGGACAAGAUUAUUCUAUUCGAUGGUCCAAUAUCAACAUCAGCGACAACCACAACCACAACCACAACCACAACCACAACAGCGUGUCAUUCUCGUGAGCGAGGCGGAAUAUGCCGCCAAUGUCGUGGCAGCCUGUCAAUGGGCCAAAGAUCAUUCGCGGCUCUAUAGUACUAGCAGCAGCAACGAGCCAGCCUGGACCGUCUUGUCCAUAACCUCUUCCAAAAACAAGGAUGGAACAAGUACGGGAUGUGUCGAUCUAGAGGUUCUGCAGCAAAUGUUUCGUGGCAAAUACAAUUACCGAACCGACACUGUUGUACAACAACCUUUGGAUCCCGCUACGAUUGCCAUGGUCUGCAUCACCCACAUUCCCACCAAUUCUGGAAUUGUCAAUGAUGUGGAAGCCAUUGGACAAGUCAUUGCGCAACACAACGGCCACAACAACAACAACACUCUGCAAGAGGUUCCAUCCUGUCUCUAUUUGAUUGAUGCCUGUCAAUCGGCCGGCUAA